CUUCUUUAUAUAACUCUGACACAAAAGUGAAAUAAAAAGGACACGAAAAUAUAAAAGGCAACAUAAUUUCUAAAAAUAUUAUUUAUCUUCAUUCUCUAUUGUACCUCGGCACAAGAACGUCUGGAAAAUCCAUUUAAGAGGACUGGAAAUAAAAUUAAAUUAGAGGACCCACAUUAUAUAAAUAAACUUUAUUUAAGAAAGUAAAAAAUAUCAGUGAGGUACAUUGGAUCUUCAGAAUGCAGAUUAAAGAGGUCUUCAGUUUAAUUACAAUAUUUUUUACUAUUGUCUCAGGUUCAGUGUAUGUACAAGAAGUCAAUGAGAUGACUUUAACGUGCAACAGAAAUAACAAUCUCAUGUCCAUCAUUAUCAACUACGACGACGGAAAGCAGGACCUGGUGGCUACCUUCAACAAUACAUCUUGCACCACUUUCGGGUAUAUGCGGUGCUCGUACACCAGCUACAACUAUUUCCUGGCCAUCCCCGUUAAGUUCGUUGACUCGAUAAUGGCUUCAUAUUCAUGCAACACCUACAUAAGCUACAAUGUUUACCAAUACGAUGCCGCAGAGUUUAACGCAGUCGACAAGACCAACGUAACUUUAGUGUGUCCUUCUUCUGUCGACCGCAGCGUUUUGACUCUCAAAUACAGCAAUGGACAAGAAGAGAUCAUGGGUUAUUUUAAAGGCACUUACUCAAAGUGUGGACUCGAAAAGACCUGCUCUGUUGGUGAUAAUAAAAACAUUGUAAGCUUUCUAAAAGAAGGUAGCAGCGUCUCAUUGACAACAUAUGGGUGCUCCAGUUAUUUAAUAACAUCUGAGACAAAUAUUGCUCUCACGGCUUCAGAUAUACAGGGUGCAAUGUCAUUCACGCUCUCCUGUUCAAAAUAUAUUUAUUAUGAUACUCUAACGUUGGCUACUCAAAAUGGACAAAGACAGGCCUAUGCGACUUAUACGUCUAAAAGCUGUGCUACAAUGAAACCAAACAUGUCCUGCUCGUUAGCAACCAACGACAUCAUAUUUUCAAUACCAGUGACUACUGAAUCAAGAACUGUAGUCUCCUAUUCAUGCUAUGCAGGCCACAGUGUAGAUGUAAUAUUCUACAAGGCUGCAACUAGCGUUCAAUGUCAACGACCGAGCAUAAGUUCUACAGGUGAUUUGUUUCUACUGAACUGUCAAGCAAGCCACUUCUAUCCCAGACUAACUUGCUCGAUGUACGAAAUUAAAAACUCUAUAAAAACUUUCCAGUCCUACACGGCGGACUAUGGUAACUUAGUCGAUUCUGGAAGCGGCUUUUACUACAAUUCAACUUGCACAUUAAAAAUGCACAUUUCGCAGCUACAGCAAGGCUCUCGCCAAUAUGGUGUGGUCCUAACCACCGCGACAUCUACACUUGGCCAAAAUGAAUAUCUGCUAGCCAAUAUAAACUUUGCUCCACUACGCGCAGUUCUAGACAACAGUUGCACAGAGGGACAGGGUAUGGUUGACCGCUACAUCCAUUAUACCUCCAUAAUUUAUUGCAUGUGCAGACGAGACCUCGGGUCCAAUGCUUUUGGUCAAGUAUUUUGGUUUAGCGACAAUGUUCUAGUGACAUCCACCACAAACUCUGACAACUCUUCAACACUAACAGUUUCCUACUCAACCAGUUUCAAUCAGAUAUAUCAAUGUAGGGCCUUACCAUUCCCAGAUGCUUCUUAUUCAGCCACUUUCACUCCACAAUUUGCUUUUGGCCCUACUCAGGUGUCGUUAUCAAGGUCAACCAUUCAGAUGAAUAUUUGUAGCACUGAAGCAUUUACUUGUACAGUGGAAUCAAACAAUGCCAGUCCAGGAGUGGUCUUCAAUUCGUCUGCUAGCAGUGUGAAUACUGUCUUACGCCAGACUGGAAGUGCCAGUCUUUCUGCUACCUAUGCUGUCAAAGCUUUAAAAGUUGAGCGUUACACUUUAACAUGCAAGGCUACCAAUACCCUAUUUGACAUAUAUGCAAGUGGAUCCAUUUCUGUCACUGUUUUAGAUGUUCCAUUGCAGGAUCCAGUUGUAAUUGUAAACAAUAAUAAUCCCAUUACUGAGGCUUCUGAAGCUGUCAAUAUAACAUGCUAUGUCUCUGAAAGUGUGGUAGCUGUUAAGGAUGUUACCAUUGAUUGUUUCGGGAGCUCUCAAACUGUCUCAGGAUCAAAGGCUACGAUGUUUAAAAAGUUCAACAGAGACAACAGCGGAAUGUGUUUUUGCACUGUUCGGUACGUGGAUGACUGCUUCUUGAGCAAAAGGAAAGAGUUUCAAGUUAUAGUGGCAUAUGGACCAACACGUCUUCAGAUCUCAGAAAGUCGUUUAGCACUGGAGAUAUGUGCCACAGAAACGAUCAUUUGUUCGGUGCCAACAACAGAUUUUAAUCCCGAAGUGGACUUCAGUUGCACUUCCGAUUCACCCACUUCACUUAAUGUUGAGCGUUCACAGAUAGACCCCAGCCACGGAACUGCAACAUUUUCGCUAACAGCUCAAAAAAGUGGUGACUACACGGUGACCUGUAGAGCGACAAACUCAAUGGUACCUAAAAUGUAUUCCGAAAACUCCAUUGUGGUCUCAGUUGAAGCUCUUACAUCAAGGCAUCCAGUAAUCAGUGUCACCAACAAGGUGUUGCCUCUAAUGGAAGGAGCUGCAUCUAGCAAUGUGAAGAUCUCAUGCACAAUUCCAGGUGGUUUCCAAGGGGUCAAAAGUUUAACUUUGAAUUGCCUUGGCUUGGUAUUCACUGAAGACUCACAACCUAUCAUGAUUGAAAGGAAUAUAACGAGAGCUAACAAUGAUAUGAUUUGCAAUUGCGUAGUCCUAUACACCUCUGAAUGUCUUGGUCAACGCAUAGCCAAGCUGGAUUUAAAAGUCAUGUUCGGUCCUUCUCAAGCCUUCUUAUAUCCGAGGUCGAUUGACAUGGAGAAGUGUGAUCAAGUUGGCAUUGGGUGCAACGUUUUGAGAGCGGACAUAUAUCCUGGAGCAAUGUUCUACUUUUCUAGCGUUAAUACCAAGGCUUUCCAGUUCAAUGAGAACAGUAAGAUGACUACUAACAUUUCAGCAUCGAUCAAUGCUACUGCAUUAAUGACUGGAAGCUUCGCUAUAAAGUGUAUAGCAAGCAAUAGUGUGUUUAACUCUAUUUACACUGAGGCUUCAAUACUUGCUACUGUCAGAGAGUACCCGCUGAAGCCGCCUGUGUUUAUCGUUAAUGACGGCAACCCUAUAACAGACAAAUCAGUUUUGAGCAGUCUAAGUAUUUUGUGUGUGGCAGGAGUAAAUAAAAGGCCACUGAGUAAACUGACCAUCAGCUGCCUUAAUGUCACUGUCACCAGCAAGACCAGCACGGUCAAGAUCUACAAGGACAUUACACAGGACACCAAGGGGACAGACUGCAGCUGCCUCGCAGAGUACAAGGACGCCUGCAAUGGGGAAACUCAAUCAAAUGUUCAUUUUGAAUUAAAAUGCACACAACCGAUGUUAAUCAUUAACAAUGGUCAUCCUAUUAUACCUGGGGCGUCUGGCUCUCGAAUUCCAGUGGUCUGCGAUGGAAUAGAAGACACGAACACUGAGAGCAACAUCACGCUGACUUGUCUUGGAAGCACACAAACCUCAGUUGGUACGACCAUCAGUAUAGAGAAAGACGUAACCCAAAAGGAUAACGGAGCAUUGUGCUCUUGCACUAUCGACUCUUUGUACUGCAGCCAGAAGAGAACUGUCCAAUCAGCUGUCAAUGUGUCAUAUUUUUCUGGAAUAGACAGAUUCACAGUUCAGGGCUUUGAAACGCCACAAGAAGUUAAAGAAAAUGAACAACUGACUUUUAUCUGUAUAACGCAAUGUAAUCCAAAACCGAAUAUAAUGUUAAAAACUAAAAACGAUGAGGUAGCAGAGCUAAGGAAUGGAGAUAGAAUCACAUUUACAGAAACUACAAGUGGGAUAUGGGAAUAUCGCUUAGAGGUGGCUGCUGUAUCCUGUGCAGAUACUGGCAACUACACCUGUUACGCUGAGAACCUGAUUACGGCUACGCAUUUAACAAAAACGUCUGAGAUCAUAGUGCGAUGUCCUUUCAAAGUAGCUAAUGAAGAAGUAGUACAGAGGAAGUUUAUUGGUUAUCUUGACAAGACGGCUGUAGUGUCUGUUAACGUAUACGGAUAUCCACUACCGAAAAACUUUCAACUUCUUAGAGGAAGCAAUGAAUCAGUUGAUCAGAACCAAUUCUCGUUCACUUACACAGAGAUUGCGAAACCAAACAUAUUAGUCAAUUUAAAAAUUUACAACUUAAGAGAAGACAAUUUUACAACCUACACAAUGAUAAUCAACAAUGCUGAAGGGCAGCUGCAGUAUCAGUUCAGUAUAAUUAAAGAUCCUACAACUAGCAGCAAUGGCGAUUCCGAUACCAUGAUAACUGCUGUCAGUGUGGUCAUCGUACUGGCAGUUCUAAUUAUAGUCAUAACUGGAAUUUGUAUCUACCUAAAAAGAAAUCGAAACGGCCCAACAAAUCUGAAUGAAGAAAGGAGAAAUUCACUACGACGUGACACUUUUCAAAACCGUUUACAUCAUGCCAGCGCUCAGGAGGAGCAAGAGUGGCAGCCUCCUCCAAGAAAUCAAAAUCAUGGAAAUACUAACGUUCUUGAAACAUUCAGAGGUCCAACACAAAUAAAUGAAGAAAGGAGAAAUUCACUACGACGUGACACUCUUCAAAACCGUUUACAUCAUGCCAACGCUCAGGAGGACCAAGAGUUGCAGCCUAUUUCAAGAAAUCAAAAUCGUGGAAAUAAUAACAGUGAAACAAUCGGAGGUCCAACACAAAUAAAUGAAGAAAGGAGAAAUUCACUACGAUGUGACACUAUUCAAAACCCUUUUCUUCAUGCCAACGCUCAGGAGGCUAUUCUUCCACCACCACCCGUUCUUCCAAAGAAAAGAGGAGGAAGGAAGAAAGAUGUACAAGGUCUAACUUCAAAGACAUUGUCUCAAAGACAAGAAACUGAAACGAAUAGCUACAGACCUACAACUGAAGCCUCAUCCAGAACACCAGAUGGAUUAGAAGCUAGCUUGGAUUCACAAAGUAUUUCUUCAAGUAACGAGAGGCAAUCUUUCCAUGCCAAUGGGGAGCAAGAGUGGCAGCCUUCUCCAAGAAAUCAAAAUCAUGGAAAUAUUAACAUUGAUGAAACAGUCGGAGGCCCAACACAAAUAAAUGAGGAAAGGAGAAAUUCACCACGACGUGACACUCUUCAAAACCCUUUUCUUCAUGCCAACGCUCAGGAGGACCAAGAGUUGCAGCCUAUUUCAAGAAUUCAAAAUCAUGGAAAUAAUAACAGUGAAACAAUCGGAGGCCCAACACAAAUAAAUGAAGAAAGGAGAAAUUCACUACGACGUGACACUCUUCAAAACCCUUUUUUUCAUGCCAACGCUCAGGAGGGCCCAACACAAAUAAAUGAGGAAAUGAGAAAUUCACUGCGACGUGACACUCUUCAAAACCCUUUUCUUCAUGCCAACGCUCAGGAGGACCUAGAGUUGCAGCCUAUUUCAAGAAUUCAAAAUCAUGGAAAUAAUAACAGUGAAACAAUCGGAGGCCCAACACAAAUAAAUGAGGAAAGGAGAAAUUCACCACGACGUGACACUCUUCAAAACCCUUUUUUUCAUGCCAACGCUCAGGAGGGCCCAACACAAAUAAAUGAGGAAAGGAGAAAUUCACCACGACGUGACACUCUUGAAAACCCUUUUUUUCAUGCCAACGCUCAGGAGGACCAAGAGUUGCAGCCUAUUUCAAGAAUUCAAAAUCAUGGAAAUAAUAACAGUGAAACAAUCGGAGGCCCAACACAAAUAAAUGAGGAAAGGAGAAAUUCACCACGACGUGACACUCUUCAAAACCCUUUUUUUCAUGCCAACGCUCAGGAGGGCCCAACACAAAUAAAUGAGGAAAGGAGAAAUUCACCACGACGUGACACUCUUCAAAACCCUUUUUUUCAUGCCAACGCUCAGGAGGACCAAGAGUUGCAGCCUAUUUCAAGAAUUCAAAAUCAUGGAAAUAAUAACAGUGAAACAAUCGGAGGCCCAACACAAAUAAAUGAGGAAAGGAGAAAUUCACCACGACGUGACACUCUUCAAAACCCUUUUUUUCAUGCCAACGCUCAGGAGGGCCCAACACAAAUAAAUGAGGAAAUGAGAAAUUCACUGCGACGUGACACUCUUCAAAACCCUUUUCUUCAUGCCAACGCUCAGGAGGGCCCAACACAAAUAAAUGAGGAAAUGAGAAAUUCACUGCGACGUGACACUCUUCAAAACCCUUUUCUUCAUGCCAACGCUCAGGAGGGCCCAACACAAAUAAAUGAGGAAAGGAGAAAUUCACUACAACGUGAAAUUCUUCAAAACCCUUUUCUUCAUGCCAACACUCAGGAGGACCAAGAGUUGCAGCCUAUUUUAAGAAAUCAAAAUCGUAGAAAUUAUAACAGUGAAACAAUCGGAGGUCCAACAAAUCUGAAUGAAGAAAGGAGAAAUUCACUACGACCUGACACUCUUCAAAACCGUUUACAUCAUGCCAACGCCCAGGGGGACCAAGAGUUGCAGCCUAUUUCAAGAAAUCAAAAUCGUGGAAAUAAUAACAGUGAAACAAUCGGAGAUGUACAAGGUCUAGCUUCAAAGACAUUGUCUCAAAGACAAGAAACUGAAACGAAUAGCUACAGACCUACAACUGAAGCCUCAUCCAGAACACCAGAUGGAUUAGAAGCUAGCUUGGAUUCACAAAGUAUUUCUUCAAGUAACGAGAGGCAAUCUUUCCAUGACAAUGGGGUUCGACUAUCUCCUGUUCCUUUUUUUGUGUCAUAUCCUCCAACAUUUAAAAGGAGUGGUAUGGACAAAGAUCUAGAAGAUAACAGACAACAUUAUCAGAGUCCUCCCCAAAAUGAGUUGCGAACCCGGCAGAAAGCUUCAAGUUCAUUUCAGCACAUUGAAGAGCAAACAAGACCAGAAAGUGAACACUUUUAUGAACCAAUUGAUCUAACGAACAACAAAAGAGAAACGGAGGCGUAAAACAUCUCUUAUGGUAUUUGAUGGAAGUCAAAAUCACAUAAUUCACAAGCCCUGGAGGACAAUGCGAAUAAACCAAAUACUGCUAAAGAUGUAAAUGUAGAUUUUUUUUCCAUAUAAUAAAAAUACUUAUAUGCUAUAUUUUAGAAAAAAAAUAGUGUUUUUGUAAAUUUAGUCUCAAUUUCCUAUUGAAAUAUAUUUGUUAUGCAUAUUUUAGUUUUAAAAUGUGUAUAUUUUCUAGUUUGUGGAGGGUAAGAUCUUUGGUAGACACACUCUCGUCAAUCCUUAGCUUUCUUUAAUUUUUCCUAGCAUGCUGCAAGCGUACACUUUUUAAUCACAUUUUGCAAGCCGUAAAAAUGAGGGAAAAAAUAAUUAAGAAAAAAAAACUUCUGACAUGUACAAAUUUGGAAAUAUUCUAUCUCUUCUUCGGAGGCCCCUUUCUCGUGGAGACCCUCCCUUAAAUUCGACCAUGUGCUUAAGAACAAAAAUGUUUUCAAAGAAGAAGACAUCACCAAAGAAGGAAGUCUCUUUUGCUCGAAACAGCUCAUACACAAUCGCCCUUCCUCUGUGGCUGACGGACAUUAUAGAAUUUUCGUCGCUCCAAAAUGUUUUUUCUUAAACAUUACUAAGGAUUGCGUGAUAAAUAGACCUUUUUUUAACAAUACCUCUAUUCAAGUCAUAAUUUCGUGGAACCUAGACACUAAUAUCAACAAUGGCUCUAAAGAUUUUCCUAUAAAUGUAACAGUUUAUGUUUAUUGCUGGGAAAUUUUCGAAUGUUUGGCCUUAUUGAUUCAAGAGUUUCAAAAAAUUAAGGUUCAGGAAAAUGUCGUGCAUCGUGUUAUAAGUCUAGAUCUAAAGGAAUAUCAUUGAAUUGUUAUAACGUUUAGUAGGUGUAUACAUUUGUUUAGGCUUAACCAGUAUUCUUUCUCUGAUAAAAGUGGGGUAAAGAACGCAGUAAAAAAUGUUGCAUUACUUAGUAACGUAAUAUUCAUUAGUUAUUAAGAGAAAAUCAAUCACUGUAUUAAGUAUAUAAUGGAGGGGUACUGUCUAUUUAAAAAGUGUUUUUAAUCUUUUUCUUGUUUUAUUUUGUUUUAAUCAUUUCGAAAUAGUUUUUCUUGUGAAUAAUAUCUAUAUAAUGUAUAAAGUUGUGCUAUAGUUAUAUAUAGACACAAGUGUAAUAGUUUAAUCCAUAAAAUAAAUGUAUUUAAAUUUUAAGGAUAUUUAGAGGAGAUUCGGGCCCUCAGCCGAGUCCUCGGUAUGAUGUAAAUUUGACACCAUCUUAUAUUUUUAUGUUUUCAUAAGCUAUUAAUUUCAUUGUGAAAUUAAUUGAAUGUUUGUGUUUUUUUUUCAUCGACGCAAGCUAAAAAUAUUUUAAGAUUACAAAGCGAGUUUGUGUUAUCACACAAAUUCACAGGCAGCUUCCACCGAAUUUACAUAUGGACCAAGACUGUUCAAGAGAUGGUCUUGUUUUGAUCGUUUAAAAUAUUAAAACUUCAAAAAAUCAUUUGAGUUACUUUUCACUUAAAAGCAAACAGAAGAUUUCAUCGAUAACUCUUCUGUAAUCAAGCUUUGAAAUAGAGCUUCCUAGAAAACAGCACGGAAACCUCCCAGAUACUUACAGAAAGAUAGUUUUAGUCUCUUUGUAAUUAUUACAUCGUUCUACAUAACAAGAUAAUGUUUGUUGUUAUAGAGCCUAUGUCAGUUUAGAAAAUUUUGUUAAAGUACCUAACUAGAUCUACAUUUCUAGGCAUGUACUUAGAUCUAGAAGAUUAUGUCGGUUAUUUAAUUUUCUUUUUAUAUUAUUAUUAUAUUAUUAAAUCUACCCUACUUUUCUACAUAUAUGUUAAUCUAAUAGUUAUUUAGAUCUGAAACUAAAUGUUAAUAAUUUUCUGUAUUUAGAUUUAUAUCGACUAGACAAUAUCAAGUUUAGAUAUAGACAUUGUUUUAGAGGCAGUACUUAUGGUACUUGUGUUGAACAAAGCCGAUUAGAUCUAUGUAAAUUUGUAUAUAGAGAUAUGAUUUGUAACAUAAAUAGCUUAUCGCAUUUCCUAUAAGGUUUUUACUUAAAUUAUUCAAUGUUCAUUGUUUACAUAAAGGUGUAACAAUUUAAAAUUCCAAUUGAAUAUUUAUUUGACCUUGUGUUCUAAUUCUCUAAUACAUUUUUACAUUAUUUAAAUUUUAUUACAAUUUUAGUUUGCUUGCUGCGUAAAGCAAUGAAUUUGAAAAGCAUAUGAUGAAUUAUAUAAAUGUCAAGCUGUUAUCUAUCAUGCUUACAAUGUGAUAGUUACGACAAACUAAUGACACAUAUUAAUGUUCGGUCCUAGUUUUUCGGAUAUUAUCCGAAGUCCCAUUUCUAUUACACAUAAAGAUGCUCCAACUUCAAGCUCUACAUAAACAGAUAAUGUUUGUUGUAGCAUACCCAAAAGAUCGACAUUUCUAUGCGUAGAUGAUUACGUAGAUAAUUUUAUGUUUUUAAUUUAUAGCUCACUAGCCGGGUACGACCCAAGAGUUGCGUGCCUUGGUUUGGGUAUUAGUUGUCUAGUGGAUUGAAUUUAGAUCUGUCAAACAUGGCAAAUGUCCCCUUAACAUUUUAAGAAAAAUGAAAGUAAAGUGUGAAAAUGGCCAUCUUUUUGAUAUCUAUAAUAUAAAGCAGAAAGUCAUAUAUAUAUAUAUAUAUGUAUGUAUGUAUGUAUGUAUGUAUAUAUGUAUGUAUGUAUAUAUAUAUGUAUGUAUGUAUGUAUGUAUGUAGGUAUGUAUGUAUGAAUGUAUCCAUCCAUCCCUCCAUCCCAUGGAGGGCUCUGGCCUGCUUCAACACAUCCAUCCAUUCAGAUCUCUCCUGGGUCUUUCGUCUCAAUGACCUGACCCCAAGCUGCUUCAGAUCUGCUUCUACAUCAUCAAUCCAUCGCAUUCGGGGUCUGCCUUUGGGUCUCCUGCCUUUUUGUUUUUGCCUGUAUACGAUUUUCGCUCCUCUGUUAUCCGACAUUCUUUCAAGGUGACCUGCCCAACGUAGUCUGUUCUUUUUUAUUUCCGUCACUAUUGGUGGGUCUUCAUACAAUUGAUAUAUCUCAUGGUUAGUGCGUGUCAUGUAUGAAUGUAUGUAUGUAUGUAUGUAUGAAUGUAUGUAUGUGUGUAUGUAUGUAUGUAUGUGUCACGUCCCUAGUGACACCUCAUUGUUCACAAAAUGAGGACAUUGUACCUAUCUCAAAUCAGGUCAGCGUACCCACGCUUAAAUGCCAGAAAGACGCCGAUUAAAGCUUAGUUCAAGGCUACAGCAGGGAAACAUAAUUAACGUUGGUUAAAUUACAAAAACAAUUAAAAGGAAAAUUAAAUGUAAACGAGGUCAAGGAGUCAAGGAUGGGUAUUGAGAUGUCAUGGUUCUUUAUUCUAAAGAAAUAUAUACAAGGAGGAGUGUUAGCUUGAGACGAGAGAGAGAGAGAGAGAGAUAGAAAGUUAGACUUAGAAGUCGCUUGUUUUUAAAGUAAAUAGUUACUCAGUAUAUUGAUCAUUUUACUGAAUCCUGUAUCUGUUAUAUAUAUAUAAUAUAUAUAUUUGUGCAUACAUUCAUUGUUUCAAGUUCAAGUUCAAAUUAAUUAAAACUCAAGCAUUGAUUAUUAAAGUGUUUGAACUAUAAUCAAGGCACCGCUGAAUCCGCGUAUGUCAUAGUUUUUAAUCAUCAAGAUCUUCAAGUCAAAUAAACAUAAUAAACACGUGACAGUAUGUAUGUAUGUAUGUAUGUAUGUAUGUAUGUAUGUAUGUAUGUAUGGAUGGAUGGAUGGAUGGAUGGAUGGAUGAAUGUCCCUCAUAGAGAUCAAAACCGUUUGACCAAUCUUGAUUAAACUUGGCAUAAAUGUUCCUUGGGUACUAACUGGAACAGCAACGUAUGUAAAUUAGCCCUAUAACAAGCUUGAAACCCUUAAAAACAAAAAGUGCCCAACUCUAUAAAAGUAUUACUAUCUCGUUGAUCUAGGUCAUAUAGCCAUGUUUAGAUGAUACAGGACCGAAAGGUCACGCAUGCAUGAUUGAUCUACUUUUAUUAAAGAUAUUUUUAUACUUUAACACGUCAGCACGUCGCUCAUCAAGAGGUUUUAGAUAGACUCCAACAGCAGGGUUUCGUAACUGAGCUCCUGGAAUAAAAUUUUUCUUGUAUUUCUGAGCUUCAGAAACUGUUUCUCUUACAAUGGAUCUUUUUUUUUUUCUCAGUAAGAAGAAUGCAACUAAAAAAAACUAAACAAAGAAAAAGUGGGACAUGAUGAUACUGAAGAUUGACAGACAUUUACGGCAAAAGAGUGUAUUUGUUUUGUUGUAGUGGGAGAAUUUUGGUGUAAAAAGGUUGUAGAAUGUAGUCUUAUGAAAUGUCCUCUUUAAAGAACAAUUUUGUUGCUAACGUGUUUCACCAAAAAGAAGAGAAAGUUGCUACAUUAUAGAUGAAACAUCAAAUUAAUGUCAUAGUUUAUCCUAUACUCUUAAGCGAGCAAUUCUUGGAUACAUAUAUAUUUAUUUAUUUAUAAAUUUUAUUUCGAAAACGGCUCUAACGAUUUUCUUUAAAAUUUCAAGUUAUAAGCAUAUUAGUGAGAAAAUAAUUCUCAACUCAUUGGCCACAUCGGGAAAACUCGAGGUCGACCGUUAUAUCGGUUUGAAAAUGCCUCAUUAUCGAAAAAUUAAUUUUGGCUACAUAGUUUUAUAAAUGAAAAUUUUCUAAAUCAUGAACUGAAAAAACACUGCCUACGUCACUAGGCUUACCGCAGUACACUAAAAUAUUUAUUUUCAAACAAGAACGAGUUUUAAAGAGUCAGUAGACCUAAUUAAACAUUUGGGCACCAUCUUAUUGUAGAUUGAUUUAUUAAAGAGCUAUGAAAGAGAAGUAAUGAAAUUAAAUGUGCCGAUGUAUGAUUAGUUAUUGUGUUUUAAGUGCCUAAUAAAUUGUUUACUCUUUAAUUGCGUAGAGUGGUGUAGUUACCUUUUACUUUGUUGUUUUGUUUGCUGGUGACCUCCAAACUGUCUAAGGCCGCAUGCAACCAGGUGCUCUCUUCUAUUGUCAGCUAAGGCAAGUUGGCGCAUAAGCUGGUCUUUAACUUUUUCUCUCCUAACAGACGUUGAUUCCACCAGAAUGUGGUGAAUAAUUACGGAGAGAAAGAGUUAAAGCUUUUCGGUGUAUCGUCGACCACUUUUUUAGCUCACCAAAAAAAAAAACUGCCUUUGGAAAGCGUUCGUCUGAUAUUCGUCUCCCAUACAGGGUACAGCGUAACUGUCGGACUUAAGGAAUUCCCUCUAUACAAAGACCGCGGAUUAACAUUUGAGACCAAAAGAAAAUCUGCUGCCGAGGACAGACGCAGACGCGAAAAGAAAAAUCUUAAUUGACCACCGGAGGACAAUGGUUAUGCUUUCCCUUAAGUGGCAAAAUAUGUAGGUCACAGCUGGGGCUGCGUAGCCACGGAAAAUACUGCAAUCCUUAUUAAUUUUCCGUCUCGAAGACAAGCCUUAUUAUUAUAAUUAUUAUUUUGCUAGUGAAUUAUUACCAUGUGUUUGUCACAGUCUUAGUUGACAUUGCAUGAUCUAAAGUUCACGUCAUGUUAAGAGUUUAAAAGACACGUGGAAUUCCUGAUGUAGAAAACAGGAAGUAGAAUGAAUAAAGUUGACUUUGAGUUCAGUCAAGUCAAGUCAGUAAGGUUUUGCUCCCGGUCCAGGAAGGUUGGACGUUGCUUCCUGGACUGGUGUAUAUAUAUGUACAUAGCAUGAAAGUCAAUGGACUAGUGAUUGUUGAUUAGUUAUAUUUGAGAGCUGAUUUCAUUAUGUGCUUAUUGAAUAUUAAAGUAUUAUUCGUAUUUCAAUGGGUAUCUAUAGUCGAAGCUCCAGUGUCACUAGUAGUAAUUGUUCUUGUUGUUACCCGCUGAGAUGCGGACGUGAUUGAUUAGUAACUGACAUAUAUUGGAUACUUUUGAUACCGCUGUUAUGCGGAUAGGAUUGUUAUUAUUUCUUGACUUGUAGCACUAACAAGGAGUGCAGUAUAUUAUUAUUAUUUUAGUAAAAUAAACUUCAUGUUGUCUGCUGAA